CUCAUUAAUCUGACGACCGCCCGGAGGUUGAGACCAUAAGAUGCUGUCGCUCCGUCCCAGUUUUGUGACCCUGCUCAUGGGCUUCCUGUGUAUCGUUCAGGGGGCUAGAAUUGUCCGGGACACAGCCGAUAUACCCACAGAACUGUUUAAGCCAGUGGGUAAAAAAGCAGGCAAUGAGCGGACGAGAUCUAAUCGAGGAAAUUCAACUGGCGAACUAUACCCUGGAUCAGAAGAAUCAGAUGUUCGAUUUCAAGAGCGUUUCGAAGGCGGAGUCGAAGUUGUGACCGAAGAAAAUGACCUAGAAGAGGAAAAUGAUUAUGACACUCAACCAUUGUACCGCCAAGGGCCUCGGAGAACAUCGGGAUUUCCUUCACCCAAUUAUGAGAACAGCUUCCCACAGGGAGUGCCCAGAUUUGGUCGACCUGAAAUUAGCAGACCACCUUUUCCUAGUUCAUCAAGUUUCAGGAACAGCAACAUAAUACCUUUAAUCUUUAAUCCCAAUGAGAGCAAUCAAAACACAUCCUCAUGGGUAUCUAGGCCGAUGCAAGUUCCGCUAUCGGCCAACAACUUUGGAAGGCCUCUGUCUAGCGGUCGCAGCGGUCCCUUUGGCUCAUCCAAUAACUUUCACCGUUCCGAGUCUUACAGCUACUCAUCCGAUGGCAGGGGACCCCCGCAGAUCGAGCAUAACGUCUAUGAUUCUCGAGAUCCAUAUAGACAAGUUUCGUUGAGAAACUUUUAACUAGAGCACAAAUUGAUUUUAGAAACAGUCAGCAGAUUCUAAAGCAAUAGAAAACAUUCGUGUCGAAACAAAUAAAGUAAUGCAAGUGCAUCUCAGUUCAUCAGA